CGAAAAUACAAUGGAUCACAGGAAAUGUUGUUUUAUUAUGCAGUAGCUCGCUUAGCUAAAUAAAUAAAUAACCAAAUGACCUGGUAGAACAAAAUAAGUUGACAUUUCUUGCUUGAAAGUUAUACUCAUCAAAUUAAUACAACUGCGUCCGUCUAGCGCGAGUUUGGUUUGUGAUAUCUUUUGAUGAAUUAGACUCGGAAACCUACUACAGCUGUGGCUAGGAAACGGCUCAGCUAUUUGGAUCUACUCGUCAGUGUGCAUUUACGCAAGGAGCAGCCAUGGCUGAGUUUCAGAUUCGGAGGUACCGGGACGAGGACCAGGAGGCGGUUAAGGAGACUUUCAUGCUCGCCAUGAGCGAGCACAUUCCCUCCACCUUCAUGCACAUGCUCAGACAGCCCCUCACCCAGGCCACCCUCGCCUGCGUCUUCUGUGCCCUGCUGGCCACCUCGGGGUCCGUGCUCCUGCCCGUGCUGGCCGUCACCCUCCUUCUGGCCGGGGCUCGGCAGCUGGUGGACUACUCCUUCGCUCGCUACAUAGAAUCGUGCCACAGGGGAGGCCUGGACCGCGUGCGCGAGGCCUACAUGGAGGGGAAGGACUCCUGCUUCUGGGUGGCGGAGAGCGAGGGCCGGGUGGUGGGCACUGUGGCCUGCCUGCCCUCCAGGAAGCACCAGGGCGAGGAGUGCCUGGAGCUGAAGAGGAUGGCCGUCCGGAGGACCCACAGGGGGCUGGGCAUUGGCAAGGCCCUCUGCCAGGUGGUGGCAGAGUUCGCUAGGGAGAAGAACUACAGCCAAGUGCUCCUCUACUCCUCGGUGGUCCAGACAGAUGCCCAGAAGCUGUAUGAACGUGUGGGAUACAGGAGGGUGGGAGAGUCUGUUGUCCCACAGCUUCUGGCUAAGCUGCUGAACUUCACCCUCAUUGAGUACAGGUACAAGCUGGUCGAGGGCGAUGGAUGAGGAAUCCAUCAUCAUGAACAUGACGAUGAUGAAAGUAAUGAACGUGAAGAUCUUGAUGGUUUUAUACAUUUGGUUGAGUGCUAUUGCUUUGCAUUUGUCAUGUCUGGGAGACUGGGAUUCCCCCUUGGGUAAAAAUGUCCUCUGGAUUCAGGAAUUACAUUUUAUAAAGGAUUUUUUUUCAAGUCGCUAAAAUGCCCUGUGAAGCUAGGCACAUUUAACAGCAAAUACAGCCUGUCAAAACAACAGACUCCAGAAGCAGAAGUACUGAUAAAUUCCCCAAGAUGCAAUCAAAUGCAUAUAGCCAGUCAAUUCCAUAAAUCAAAUUUUUUUUUUUUUUUUUGGAAUAUGAAAUAAAAAGAAAGUACACGCUCUUUCAGUUCUAUGGUUUUCUGGUCAAAGCAUACCCUCAUCUAUUCCUCACCAAGUCCAAAUCUAACCUCAUGGGACUGUAAACACUAAAAAGUGCACCUUUACUGCUUUUGUAUCAAUUCAGAUGGUCAUUAGGUAAUUACAACCAAUCAAGUGCACAAGAUUAGUUGAUUGACAGGAAGUCCUACCACCUGUAUAUAAAAGCAGACAAUUUGGUCUGGAGCGUUCAGGUUUGUGUUAAUGAGGACAAAAGGUAUCUGUGAUGUAUUUCAAUUGUUAUACUUCAGGGGUCCCC